ACAAGUGGGGGCGAUAAUGUGGCGGAGGUGUUGAAAGAGACCCAGCUGGUUUUGUUAGGAUUCAAUAUACAACAGUGAAUUAUCCACUAAUUUUUUCAAUUCCAUAAACGUGUAAAUUACUACGACAUUUAUACCAUUUUUUUACCACCGCUGGGCGACAAAUGGAGGGUAAUUUAUGAGUGUAGAGGGCUCGAAUAGGGAUUCUGGAGGUCAGUGGGGGCUUGAGGUGUCGUCCAGUCUCGUCUGGAGUGGCACGAGGUUUCAGCAUUAGGGAAUUAUCUUGAGAAGGGGUGGAAUACAUUUUUGGAAUAAUUUUAUUGCCCUAUCGGUUAUCAUGGCUGAACUUUUUCCCUUCGAACUUCAUGAUUGUGAUACUGUGGUACGAGAGGAGUCUGAUGAUGAUGUCAUUGAGAUUGGAGAGGGAGAGUACGACUCCAAUCCAAAUGUGAACAAAAUAAUCGAGGCUGAUGGGUGUGAAACUGUUGCCAUUUCUGAACAAAAUGUCAACCGUGGAAGGGAACGUGCUGGUCCCGAGGACUUUGAAUUGUGCAAAGUCAUUGGUAAGGGUGGAUAUGGAAAGGUUUUCCAGGUGAGAAAGGUCACUGGUAACGAUGCUGGAACUAUUUUCGCAAUGAAGGUGCUCCGGAAAGCCUCGAUAAUUCGCAACCAAAAGGACACAGCGCACACAAAAGCAGAAAGAAAUAUUCUGGAGGCAGUAAAGCACCCCUUCAUCGUAGACCUCAUGUACGCCUUCCAGACGGGGGGAAAACUCUAUCUUAUCCUGGAGUACAUGUGUGGAGGUGAGCUUUUUCGUCAUCUCAACGACGAGGGUAUAUUCCUCGAGGAGACAGCCUGCUUCUACGUGUCAGAGAUAAUCCUGGCCCUUCAGCACCUCCAUCAACAAGGUAUCAUCUACAGGGAUCUCAAACCGGAGAACAUUCUCCUGGACGCGGAGGGACACAUCAAACUGACAGACUUUGGCCUCUGUAAGGAGCACAUCCAGGAGGGCUCGGUCACACACACCUUCUGCGGAACAAUCGAGUAUAUGGCGCCUGAGAUACUUACGAGAAGUGGACAUGGAAAAGCUGUGGACUGGUGGAGCCUGGGGACCCUCAUGUAUGAUAUGCUGACAGGUUCACCGCCCUUCACCUCAGAAAACCGACGGAAGACUAUCGAGAAGAUUCUCAAGGGCAAGUUGAUCUUACCUCCUUACCUCACCCACGACGCAAGGGACCUCAUCAGGAAGCUCCUGAAGCGACAAGUUCCCCAGAGACUGGGUUCCGCAUCCUCAGACGCUGAACAGGUCAAGAAUCACCUGUUUUUCAGGCAUAUUAACUGGAAUGAUGUUAUCUCCAGGAAGCUUGAACCCCCCUUCAGACCCAAAUUGACCAGUGAUGACGAUGUCUCACAGUUUGACAAGAAAUUCACUAAUUCUGCCCCUAUCGAUUCACCCCCCGAGUACACUCUCAGCGAGAGUGCCAAUCGAGUUUUCCAGGGAUUUACCUAUGUGGCACCGAGUAUUCUAGAGGAUAUGUAUCAACCUCGUGUGGUACAUGCCAGGAGCCCUCGUAGGAGUCAUCUGAAGAACUUCUCACCUCGAACUAAUCAUUUUCACCAUCAUCACAGGCAUAACGGAGUCGGCCACAACAGCAUAGAAGACGCCGAAAUGAUAGAAAUAGGUUAAUAAUUGUCUCUAAUUAACGAAAUAAUUGAUUAGCCCUAGAUUACCAUGAACUCUUUAUAAUUUUCUCCCAUAGAAUCAGUCGAGGUUCCACGAUCCUUCGAUCUCAGGGAAGGAUAAAACUAAUUAAUUCAAUAAAUCCCUUUGAUUGCCCAUUUUAGUGGAUAUCCAUUGCUGACAUAUAAACAUUUUUUUUAAUAAAAAGAAAAUGGUGGAGGAAUCUUACGUGGAAUUGUACUCGACGAAUCUGGGUCUUAGCAAAUUUAUUAUCAUAUAAAUAAUUUUUUCUUUCUUUUAAUUCUUUACUGGUUAUACUGAAGCAAUUUUAUCAUUAAUUAACGGUUGUUCAUCGAUUGAUCGAGCCUCUACGCAAUCGAUUGCGGGAAACACAUAAUUUUUCCGAAAAAUGGAAGAAAAUUGACGAAAAUUUUAUUGAGAAAAUAUUGAAGGCUGAUUUCGUAUGAAUAAGAGUUCCUAAACGCAAUCAUUGGAUUUUUUAUGAGAAAUAGUGAUGAUAAUAAAUAGUAAACAGUGUGGAAUUAACGAGAAAAAUUAUUUGUCAAUCUAAACAGAUGGAAAAAACAACUUUGCCGCAUUUUUUUUCAUCUAUUUCGAUUGAUCCGUAAUUGAUUCAUUGAUAAUUGAAUUAAUUGACAUGUAAUCGACCACUUAAACACGAUAACUGCCCAAGUGUUCAUGGAUUAAUCGUCAUAUGACGAAAAUCACCCGACUUUUGUUCAUUUUUGCAAACGAAGUGGCGAAAGAAUUUGAUGAAAAAUCAUUCAUUUCCUUAAUUGAAAAUUCGUAACUGAGAUGAAAUAUUCUCAAAUGUAAUAUUAACAAAUAAUUGAUAAUUAACGAAUUGAUCCAGUGUUUGAAUAAUUUUAAGAUCAUUUUUUUAAAUGACAUCAUCGAAAUGGAAACUACAAUUUUUAGCUUUUAUUUCUGUUUUCGCUUCAACUUCAUUUUCAUUACAUAAACAAUUGAUUAUUGAUUUGUGAAAUUUCUUCCGUUGAAGCGCUGGAUAAGUAAAUAAUUAGGAGAUGAGAAUAUGGUGUGAAUAAAUGAAUAAUUAAAAAUCAAUAACUUAUUAUCAGAUAUUCGAUUUAAAAUUAGUUAAUAAGAUGUCGAGAUUUCAAUGAUAAUGAAUAUUUUCUGUUUCGUAAGGGGGAGGACCCACAAUUAAUUCACACAUUUUGGUAACGAAAAAUAUGUUGUGCUUAAUGAAGUAAUGCUGGGGGAUCUGUCGAGAGCCAUUGGAGUGAUUAUGCGGUUUAUAAAAAAAAUUUAUUUUGUGGUUUUUGAGGUUUUCUGGGAUUUUUUUUCGUUAUUUUUAGGUGCAAAUUACGUACUGAUGGCUCUUUUCAUUACUAUCUGCGGUAUUUAGGUGAAAUUGUGUAUAAAUACUAUUCCGUGGAUGGAUUUGAUGGAGAUUUUGAGAUAAUUUUCGAGAAUUUAUUUCACCAGUGGUGCCAUUGGUGGGAGGGAAGGGGAUUUUAAGGUAAAUCAGAUGUGCAGUGAUUGCAAUAAUUAUUUAUUGAAAUGAGAAAGCGCGUGGAGCACUAACCGAGUGCAUCCCCAAGUGGUAGAUCCGACGAGGAUGAGUACUUUCACAUUAAAGUGAACAUAUUGACAAUGAGAGAUUGAAUGUAAUUGAAUAUGAAUUUGUUUGUUUAACAAGUGCGUAUAUCUGUUUAAAUGAUCGAGGUACAGAGAAAUACUGUAAGAAAAAAAUAUUCACCUCGAGGCGACGAUUAGGGUAAAAUGUACUACACCAAUGUACCACAAUUAGGAGUGACGAUAUUUGCAAUUGCAAAUUGUCGAUAAUUCCAUGUUUGGAACAACUUGUUGAAAGCGUCAUAUUAGUCGCAUUUCAACAAAAUGGAUUUCAACAAACAAUCAAUUGUAGAAAAAAAUGUUCGUCUCAUGCACUUCCACAUGUCUCCCUCUAAACAUUUACCUGAACCUCUGAAAUUUUCGAGGAUAUCAUCAUCAAGUAAUGAACUGCAAUUGUAAAAAUGUUCAACCAAUUGCCUGCGGCAAUCUCCAUCUAAUUCAUCUGUGGAAAAAUUAGAGAGAAGAGGUGGGUUAACAGUAAUUACCAUUUUAGAUCGUAAUUUAGUGAAGGAAUGACAAUGAUAAAUGCGAAAAAGACGAACAAGAUGAUGAUAAAAUAAACAAAUUAUUAAUAAACAAUUUCCCCUGAGGCUUCUCUAACUAAUCCAUCGAAUUAACACUCAUUUAAUCAUUAAGAUUACUUAACCUGGUAAUUAUCAUGUUGGUUAAUUAAUAAAUUUUUUUUACAAAUCAUUGAUGUGAGAAAAUUCGUGAUAAUGAACAUUGCCAUAAAUAAUUAACAAUAACAAUCGAUGAAAAAAUUAUUAGAAUCAACAAACUGCGUUUAUGAUUGUGUGAACAACAGUAAACAUUGGCGAGUAAUUCAGGCAUUGUUAAACUUUGCCUUAGAUUUUUUGACACAUUGACAGUUUUUCAAAAGUUGAACUAUCCAAAAAUUUAAUAAAUCAAUAUUGGUAAAAAUUGCAGGAGUAAUAGCAUUCAGUGGAGAAAACUAUUAAUUUAUUUUUAGUGAAAAAACAGUAAUUGAUAUUCAAUAAUUAAUCAAUUAAUAAGCUAAUUAAUUAUUAAAGUAUUUAUUGACAACUAAUUGGCUCGUCACGUACUAAUUGAUUCAUUCAGAUGUUCGAUAAUGAAAAUGCCGGUCAAAUUUUCAAGUAAAAGUGCGAAAAAUUUUAAACAAUUUUUUUCUGAAUAAUUAAAUUGAGUGAAAUGUUUCAUAAAACACAAGUGACUUAUAUGCUUCCAUUUAUCAAUUAUAAUUAACAAUUUUUUAGCUUCUAGAAGAGAAAAAGUUAUGAACAAAUAGAUGAAAUAAAUGAGAAAAAAAAUCGUUGAAAACGUUGACAAAAUGAACAUAAAAACUGUUUCGUCACCCGAAGAUUGUGUUGUGCCCAGCACCCGAUUGUUCCGUAAUUUAUUUUGUUGACAGUUACCAAGAGAAUCAUUGAA